AUGUUUGCACUGUGUCUUCUCUGUGUCCUUGUUCAGGCGAUAUCAGGUGAAAGUACCACUGAAGAAAUUCAGUACCUCAACGAGCUACCCUUGGACAAACUUUUGAGGUUAAAAUCAUCGUUGCAAGACCUUGUAACAGCUGAUUAUGGGAAUGUUUCGGUGACGACUCCAACAUAUUUUCAAUCGUUUGGCGCACAAGCCAUGGCUAUCAAGGCACCGCCGAUAAAACGCACAGAUUACGAAGAAGGUCUUUAUAAGAAGGAGAGCAAAAUAAGCAAUAUAUUCUCAAUGUCGGUGACAACACUCGCGUUCUUAGCGUUUGGUGGUUAUUUGCUGUGUCUCAUCGUGCAGGCCGUGAAAGCAAAACAAAAUUACAACACUGGAUUUCAAGUACCACAGCCAACGACAUUUUUUGUAAGCUCGGGACUUAAGAAGAAGCCAUCUCCUCAAUUUGCUUCUUAUGGGCGACGGAAAAGAGACAUUCGAAUUGACAACACAAUCAGAGAAAUUGAAUUGCCACCGGAAAAGUUGUUUGAUGCUUUGGUACAACUGUGCGAAGGAUAUGCCAAUUGGAGUAAACAGAACGAUGACAUAGCUGUGUUUUAA